AUGCCGCCCUCCCCGGCCCACGGCGACGGGCGUGCCGGCCCCUGCAUAUGGCCGCGCGCGGCAGCGGCGGCUUGCUGGGCCGCACCCGCGCCCCGUCCCCGUCAACGUCGCUGCCGCUCCUGGCCGCGCGCGACGGCGGCGGCUGGCCGGCUCGCCGGCCCGCACCCGGGCGCGCCCGCCCCUGCCGGCGCCUGGCCGCGGCUUGCCGGCCCGCAACCGCGCGCGCUUCCCGCGGCUCGCCGGCCCGCAGCAGCGCCCGCCCCCACCAGCGUGGCCGCGCCUCCUGGCCGCGCGCAGAGGCGGCGGCGGCUGGCCGGCUCGCCGGCCCGCACCCGGGUGCGCCCGCCCCUGCCGGCGCCUGGCCGCGGCUUGCCGGCCCGCAACCGCGCGCGCUUCCCGCGGCUCGCCGGCCCGCAGCAGCGCCCGCCCCCACCAGCGUGGCCGCGCCUCCUGGCCGCGCGCAGAGGCGGCGGCGGCUGGCUGGCUCGCCGGCCCGCGCCCGCCCCCACCGGCGCCUGGGUGCGGCUCGCCGCCCCCGCUUGCGCCUGA